UGCUAGCUCUCGCGACAAUUUCAGUUCACCGCCGCCAUUACAGAGGCUGCUGCUGGUGUGCCGUUCGUUUUGAACGGAUCAAAGGAAAGCUUUGGUAGAUCGGAACAUAGUGUACUGUAGUUUCUCCUUUCAUGGCUGUCCUCCCUCCGUGUAACUCGCCUGUGGUUGAAGAAACAAGAGAUGAGGAUGUGUUCAUAUCAAGUUAUUGAUAGGGGGAGGGGUCGACACCCAAAGCGCUAGCAACAUAGGAAACCGAUCUCACAUGAACCAAGGAGUUGGAUUCCGAAGAACUUGCGAGGAAAACUAACAGGGAUACCAAGAAGAGUUCAAGCAAACGUUCACGCACGGCGAUAUUGAAUGUAUAUGCAUAGACUUAUUUCUCUUACCGUUCCUGAUUUAAUUCAAUGUACAUAGAAAGUGGACAUCGUUUUUUAACGGAGUCAAUUGGACGAUUUAUGCUUCAAAUCUUCCGACAUCCAUGUAAUAACUUCCCGGAAGCUUGUUUUGUGAUGAUUUUGAAAGGAAUGCACCGCUGGUCUCUCAGUUUUGUUUGGAUGUAAUUUCAGUUGUUGAAAAGUUAUUCAAAUCUCCUUGACCUUGAUCCCCUGCGUCUUAGGCAUCGAGGCUUUCGGAAAGAUAGCUCCUGAUCUGCCAAAUCAAUUCUAUAACUUGGUAUUUUAUCAUAUGGUGUUUUUAUGGUAAGUACAAAACUAAUAACCUGCAGCAGAAGGCGUACUUUAUAUCUGAAGCUGUUAAAAGAUCAUUUAAGUUGCUUGUUAAAGGUAAUUAUUUAUGAUUGGUCUUAAAUUGCAUAUCUUUGACUUAUGAACAUGAUUAUAUUGUAAUCAGUGCACAGAACUAGCAUAGCUUUACCUAUAUUUAGGAACUGAUCUCGGCAAGAGAUCAUUAAUCUAUUUUCAGCGUGCGGAUAGAAACAAUUUGACGAUUGGUGGCAACUUUAAGAAAGCCAGCCUCACCCCUUUUGACCCCUUUCCCCUAAUAUUUGCUCAACGUGCUGCCCCCUUUGAACUGAAUUUAAGCUGUUUUUUUAAUUUAGGCGCGCUACUUUUUUUUUCUUUAAUUGUUAAACACCAACCGCCACCAUUUUCAACCAUAAAAUUGAUUUGAUCGAGCGUUGGGGGUUAAACCCUGCCUGGUCUCGCUCGAACAACAGGCAAAAUAGAUCCUGGGGUAGGAAAAAGCAGCCCAAGACCUCCUUGGCGCCCUCUACGGCAAGUCCAAGGAUGGAAGCGGCAAUGGCAGGGCUUGAGGCAGCAUCGGGUAAUCCGUAUGCAUCCACCCCACGGCACUACGGAAGGUCAAUGUCUCAUACCCCCAGUGGAGGAAACAUCUCUGGCGCUAUGAGCAACUGUCGGUCUCUACCUCGACUCCUUGAGCAAGGUGAUGACAGCAGUGACAGCGGGGAAGACAUGGCAAGCGAAGAUCCUGGAUGGGAACGCGUUGUCAUCAACGUCAGUGGUCUCCACUACGAAACACACCUCAAGACUCUGAACCAAUUUCCAAACACUUUACUAGGAAACCCUGAGCGAAGGAUCAGGUAUUUUGAUCCCAUUCGGAACGAAUACUUUUUCGAUCGUAAUCGACCGAGCUUUGAUGCCAUUUUGUACUAUUACCAAAGUGGGGGACGGUUGCGAAGGCCUGUCAAUGUUCCUAUAGAUGUCUUCACAGAGGAAAUAAAAUUCUAUGAACUGGGCGAUGAAGCAAUGACAAAGUACAGAGAGGACGAGGGCUUCAUUCAAGAUGAGGAAAAAGUAUUGCCUACGAAUCCCUUGCAAAAGAAAAUGUGGCUUCUAUUUGAAUAUCCCGAGUCUUCUAGAAUGGCUAGAGUUGUAGCAAUCAUUUCUGUUAGUGUAAUCCUUAUAUCAAUUGUAAUUUUCUGUAUGGAAACAAUGCCAGAGUUCAAAGACGCGCGUAAGAUGACGGAGAGUGGAUCAGGGGUUACUACUUGUGGAGCGACUAUGGCAGCGACUACGGUGCCCACGCCAACUCAAUCAGGCAAUAGAACGAUGUCAUCGGAGGAAGCAGAUGCUGCCUUAAAAAGUGCAGAACUGGCGGCAUACUUCCGCCACCCGUUCUUUGUGAUCGAAACGUGCUGCAUUGUUUGGUUUACUUUCGAAAUUCUGGUUCGAUUCCUGUCGAGCCCAAGCAAAUUGGCCUUUGCAAAAAACGUCAUGAAUAUCAUUGACAUCAUAGCAGUACUUCCAUAUUUUAUACAAGUGGGCACCAUGAUCGCCCAGUCAUCCACAGAUACUAACAGCCAGGCUAUGUCCUUAGCCAUCCUUCGUGUUAUCCGACUUGUUCGCGUAUUCAGAAUAUUCAAGCUUUCGAGGCACUCUCGGGGCUUACAAAUUCUUGGUCGAACUUUAAAGGCCAGUAUGCGUGAGCUAGGCCUGCUCAUAUUCUUCCUGUGCAUUGGGGUUGUCCUAUACUCAAGCGCCGUCUACUUCGCCGAUGCUGACAGCUCGGACGAAAACGGCGAACCUAUCUUUAAGAGUAUCCCCGAUGCCUUCUGGUGGGCAGUAGUCACCAUGACAACUGUCGGUUAUGGUGACAUGAAACCCAAAAGUACAGGUGCUAAAAUCGUAGGAUCGCUCUGCGCAAUAACGGGCGUACUGACGAUCGCGCUUCCUGUUCCUGUAAUCGUGUCCAAUUUCAAUUAUUUUUACCACCGGGAGGACGACGGUGAGGAUUCCUCAAACUACUCACAUGUAUCAAGCUGUCCGUUCCAACAAGCGCCCUCUAUUGACGAUAAAAGUGAAGGUAAUAGUGAGUUGGAUCAACAUGAUUUUGUGGAGAUGGAAGAGGGGCUAUUAGAAUCGUCAAGUAGGAAAUCUAAUCACAAUGGUAAUUCAAAGCCAAAUAAUGUUCAGGGCAACUGUAUAAGGAAUAAUAAUCUUAAAAUGCUUAGCAUAGAAACAGAUGUCUAACUAUGGCUAAUGAUAUUCUUUUUUGUUUGAAUUUUGUACAACUUGCCACUAGUACCUUGCAUUGCAAUAAAUGGAGUUCUAAGCCUUGCUGACAUGAAUUCGAAAUUACAACUGAGAUUAAACAAUAACAAGAACGACCAUUCUAUAGAGAUUACAAUGAUUUCAUGCGUGCGCGCGGUACCAUUUACCGCGCCGCAGCUAACAAGCAUUUCCCCCGGUAAUUGAUGUCAAUUUAUGCGGCUCUCUCCCCUAAACUCGAUCGCUGCGCUUUUUUGCAUUCUAACCAUAAUAUGAUUUUAUGCAAUGCUCUGUCUGAGAACAAUGUCAAGUAUAAAACAAGAUCAAAAUAUUCCCUGGACGGAGAGCGUUUUGGGUAACGAUCAGUAUUUGCGAAGCAAGCGUAUGUCAGAAAAAAUGUCAGAAUAGAACAAGCAAAUAAAGAAUCUAGUGAUUCUUGAGAAAUAGCUUUUGUAAAUAUUUCUCAAGAUAUAGCAGUGCCUUGUUUAUUAGUCGUUCGAUUGAACGAAAAAUCAUAUUUGGGUUAGUUGAGUUUCAAUUGGAGCACAUCAAAAAUGAACUCCAAUAUUCCAGACAGAUUCCAACUAUGAUUUUAUGCACGGAGCUUGCUGCAUUUACACGUUCAUCACCACGAACAAAAUAACAUUUAUAGAUGAUAGAAAGUGGUUUAAAAAAGAACACCUAAACACAAAGGCUCAUAGUCUGAACUCAGAUUCAAAUCAAAUUCUAGUUCAAAGUUACUUAUUAACUAUAGACAGCCAAUUGUGGCAUAACUUUUUACUGGUACAUGCUCAAUUGAUCAGAUCAGCUGACAUUCAAAUCAUUCACAACUGUUUUGAAAUGUUGAACAAAAUAUUUGAGUCAUCAUGAAAGCAAGAAAAAGCGGUAUACAUAAUGAAUAUAUUAACACAAAUUUUGAUUUGUUGGUUUCCCAUAAUCUCAGCAGAGAAUAAGACAAUGGCUUAUUUUUAACAGAGGCAUGAAACACAAAGCUUAAAGGUAUUGUUUAACUUUGUGAGCAGCCAAUUUAAAAAAUUGCCAAACCAAGAUGAAACACGUGUACAAGU